GUAGAGCAGAGUGCAGUCACUGCUGUGGUUGGAACUGAACAACAAGUAUGUUGGGCUCGUUCGUUCUGCUGUGGAUAUGCAUCUGCCUCCUCUUCUUCUUCUUGAAGGUUAAUAGACCCCCAAACUUUCCUCCUGGUCCACAACCCAUUCCAAUAUUUGGGAAUCUGCUGCAUCUGAGCUUGGGGAAUCCUAUGAAAGACCUGGAGAAGUUGGCGAAGCGCUAUGGGAAUGUUUUCAGUCUUUAUAUUGGUGGAAGGCCAGCUGUGAUUCUCAAUGGGCUUGAAUCUAUGAAGGAGGCCCUGGUUACCAGGGCUGCAGAUUUUGCAGGAAGACCCCAAGACCUUAUGAUCAACCAUGUCACAGAAGGAAAAGGUGUCAUUCUUGUGGACUAUGGCUCCAGCUGGAAAGAGCAUCGUCGCUUCGCCCUAAUGACCCUGAAAAACUUUGGUCUGGGGAAGCAGUCCAUGGAGGAGAGGAUUCUGGGGGAGAUAUCACACCUCAUUGCACCCUUGGCGAAAAACGUUGGAAAAUCCAUGAACCCACAGGUUCUCUUCCACAAUGCUGCAUCCAAUAUCAUCUGCCUUGUCCUCUUUGGGUCGCGUUAUGACUAUAACGAUGAGUUUCUUAAGACCUUCGUGAGGCUCUACACUGAGAACGCAAAGAUCGCCAAUGGACCCUGGGCUAUGCUUUACGACACAUUGCCCAUGCUCCGACACCUUCCCUUGCCAUUCCAGAAGGCCUUUCAAAAUGCAAUUUGUUGCAGACAGAUGUCUCUUGGACUCGUCACUCAGCAUAAGGAAACCAGGAUUCCUGGGGCGCCAAGGGACUUCAUUGACUCCUACCUGGAUGAACUAGACAAAAGAGGAGAUGAUGGAUCUUCUUUUUCAGAGGCCCAACUCAUAAUGUACGUCCUGGACUUGCACUUUGCUGGAACAGACACCACCUCCAACACACUGCUCACUGCUUUCCUCUACCUCAUGACCCAUCCAGAGAUUCAGGAGAGGUGUCAGCAGGAAAUUGACACGGUACUGGAGGGGAAAGAACACGCAUCUUUUGAGGACAGGCACAGGAUGCCUUACACUCAGGCAGUGACCCACGAGAGUCAGCGCAUCGCCAGUACUGUCCCCCUCAGUGUGUUUCAUAGCACCACCAGAGACACUGAGGUGAUGGGCUACAGUAUCCCAAAGGGCACUUUGAUCAUUCCAAACCUUACCUCUGUGCUGUCUGAAGAGGGUCAGUGGAAGUUCCCCCAUGAGUUCAACCCCUUAAACUUCCUGAACGAGCAGGGCGAGUUUGAGAAGCCCGAGGCCUUUAUUCCGUUCUCUGCAGGGCCCCGAAUGUGUCUUGGAGAAGGACUCGCUCGCAUGGAGCUCUUCCUGAUCAUGGUCACUCUGCUGCGACGCUUCAAGUUUGUCUGGCCUGAGGAUGCGGGGGAACCUGACUACACCCCUGUGUUUGGUGUAACCCUGUCCCCCAAACCCUACAGACUGGGUGUUAGACUGAGAGGGAACUAGUUAGGCGGAAGCUAUUCUAGACAGAGAUCAAAUAGAAUUGGUUUAAUAUAAUAUGUAAUAUUAUAAUCAUUCUACUUAAUUCAACUAUCUAUAUGUAUUUGUGCUUAACACAUUUUUGUUUUUCAUUUGUCACAAUUUGCUUAUGUGAAUAUGUAAUAAAGGACUCAUUACACACA